AAAAUGCAAAUUGAUGGUCUGUCUGCAACUGCAAGGAAGAUCGAUGAAGUCCAUUUCAGUUUAGAAAAAAAGGGUAAACAAACGUGGUAUGAUGUUUGUCCGAGAUGUAAAGAGAAGGUAAACAAAUAUAACAUUACACAGUAUCUAGACGUAGAAUGUCAAACAGAAAACAACGAAAAUCCUUUAACAAAGUCCCUUCCGGAUGGUUUAAACGGACAUAUGACUUUUCGUCUGUGUGUACCUGAAGAAUCCGCAUCAGAUCUUAAGCAGUGGUGCUUGACAACAUAUCAGUCAACUGGUUGUGAGAGACAGGGUACUGGCCGAACAUUACACGCACACUUUACAGCCGAUUCAUCAACUCAGCAGUGUAACGAGCUGAAACAGUCUGUUGAAAGCGGUGAAAGAGAUCGCAUGAUACAACAACUGAAACAAGACCAUCAGAUACAGGAAAACCAGUUACGAAGAAGAUAUCCGGAAACUUGAAGAGGCGAAUAAGACACUAUCCCAGACAAACCGUCAUUUAGAUGGAGCCCUUCGUAUUACAAAGGAGCAGAUGGAACGCAUGUCCUUUGUAAAAGCGGGUCAGACAACAGAGCAAUUAGAUUCAAUCCAGAAGGGGGAAAGUUGCCUGCAGCUAGACCUUAAUGGACAAAAAACUAAAGACGAGAACAACAAACGAUCGGACAGAAAUAGAUCACAGGACACUGGUGACGAUCAACUACGCCUACUGAAGAUCGAAAAGGAAAAUAUAACGAGUGAAAUCAAACUACUUCAAGAGAAGUAUGAACAGCUCCAAAAAAGUUUACAAAACCUUGAACAAGACAGCGAAAGAAAACAAAAGGACCAUGAACAGCAACGAAAAGAUUUGCGAAGUCAUAUCACCACAUUAACAUCGACAAAUUCAGUUUUACAGGGCGAAGUAGAUAUGAAAAAUAGACAAAUAGAAACCCUGGAGAAGGAAACAAAAACAUUGAAAAAAGAGAAAAAUAACCUGACAUCCGACCUGGACAAACACGAUGAAGAAAAUAAAGGCUUGACAAGAAAUUUUGAGACUCUUCAUAGAGAAAAAACAAAUCUGAUGUCAGAUCUGAAGAAACAUGAGACAGAAAAGGAACGUUUGACGAUGAGGGUUAAAGCAAUUGAAGGAGAGAAUGAAACAUUGCAAGAUGAUUUAGAACGACUGCAAACUGAAUCCAGAAGAGAACUCAAUUCUCUGUCAUGCAACAUUGAAGAGUUGAAGCACAAGAUUUGUGAAAAAGUAGAGGAAAUCCAACAUAUGAAUGAAGAGAUCAAUGAAUUACGGAAACCAGCAAAAACAGAUAUAGUUUUAGGAGUACGGUACGGCAAUUCUAUUGGAAAGACGAUGAUUGAAAUGGUGACAAAGGAACUGUCCAAACGUUUAGAGCUGAUGAUUGACAUGACAAAGUUCAGCCUGGCUGUCAAUCUAUUUCAUAAGGGAUCCGACACUCCGCAAGGUCCUUUGGUCCUGGUAUGUUUAGGCAUAUCAAGUGUUGGGACAAACAUACAAGACACAUUAGUGGGAAUCGAAGUCGGCAGUGAUGUAACAGUGCUGGUGCUCCACCAUACCAAUAAGGAAAAUCUCUCAUCAUUGACACCCACGAGUCUUCGUGUCACUGGCAAGGAAUUUAGAAAGCUUGGUGCUAUCGUCGACAUGGCGUUCAGUAGUGAGAGCGGAUUGUAUGAAUGUGAUCUAAACACCGCAGCCAUAGCCAAGAUGGCAGCAGUCCUCACGAAAUUUUGAAACGCGUUUCUCGGGGGGAGAAAAAUGCGAUAAAUGAGGUAACUUUUGCCUUCAAGUAUUAAGUGAACAAGCAAGGUCCGACUAGUAUUAGACAUGUUGUUACUCAAGUCAAGUCGAUAAAUUGGUUGUAUAUAUUAUAUCAUAUUGAUUUACAACAUUACUGGUGAUGCAUUUUUGUAUUUCAUAAAAAAAAACAUUCUAUUAAAUCAGUACAGGCAAAUACGCUCCCAGCCAAUACAAGAUUAAUGCAAUUUUAUGCUGCUCGUUUCAUACAAAACAUAUAAUAACAUUUCGAUGGAAAUCUUUAUAAGGGAAAUAUGAAAAACCAAACUACAUUUUGUUUAGAUCCGGGGAUUUUAAGUGGAUUGAUUUACAUGUUUGUAUUUAGCAUAGUUUAUAUUCGCUUUGAAAAUAAGUGAUACUGCUUCCAUUCAAAGUUCAAUUAUCGGAUAGAAACUAUAAUAAAAUUUGAUUUCGUAGGUCCAUUUUAUACUAUGUUAGUGUUUAGAUAUAUUUAGUUGUUAUAUUAUUGUUGUGUAUGUUUAAGAGACAUAUAUUGAUGUGGUUGACAUUUUGCUUUGUCCUGUAAUUUUGUAUUUGCAUAUUAUCUCAUAAAUGACAAACACAGUAUAUAAGUAAUUAGGUAUUAAGUUCCAAGUGACAACUUUGGGUUCAAUAACGUUACGCCUUAAUCAUAUAAAGUGUACGCUUUUUGUGUACUUUUUGUAAAUUGCACCCUGAAAGAAUAAUUGAUAUUUUUUGGGAAUGUGAAAAAGUUCAGUUCUUUUUGCAAAGUUUUGAAUCACUUCUCGAUGCACUAGUUAUCCCGUUCACUUACAAUAACUACCAAGAAUGCGUAACGGUAGCUGGUAACACAGUCUAACAGAAGAAGUAAAGAAGGAUGCAUUAUAUCUCAGGUGACGAUUCCUUCUGUUAUUCGUUGUUUCUUAAAUACUGUUUUUAUCACAUGAACAUUUUGAUGUUUUGUUUAUAUCCUUUACGAUUUACCUGGAUCAUAAGGGUUAUUGAUUACGGGAAUAUUGUUUAAAUUGUAACAUUGAAACUGAAUCUUAAUUGUUCUUUAUCCUAUCCAAAAGAAUCAAUAUUUUCUUCCAUCCUUUGUUUGAUAUUGGUGUUUGUAUCUUUAUUUGGUUGCUAAGACAAGGAAUGAUUUCACCGAAAUAUCGUGUCUCUGCUAUCUUUAUAUUUACUCUGCUUUUAUCAUUAAUCUUGAAGCAUCUUGAAUCACUUUAUGUGUCCAUUUUUAUAUGGAGAAACUUUCGCUGUAAACGCGUUGAUAGGAAAAAUCAAAAACUUGUUUGAUCACAUGAAAGUACACAUAUGUUCAAAGAUAUUUUUUUUAAACUAAACAGUAUUCAUUAGAAUGUAUAAAGCAUUUCGAACAAAAAGCUAAUAUAAAAUGUUAUAUUACAAAAUUCAACAUCACUUAAAUGUGUGAAUAGACUGUAUAUACUGUAUAUACAAGGUGGGUUUCCAGGUCUGUUGCUAGGCAACGUGAUGGGGAAAUUCUUUAAAAUUGCAAUUUGUAUAAAUCUUAUAUACCCAUGUAUGAACAGUAUAGAAAUUGAAAAGAUCUAAUGUGGGGAAAAAUGGCCUUUAAUCCAUCUGCUCCUUUGUGAGCAAUAUUGAUGUCAUUUACACAAUGGGAUAGAGACAUAUAUUCAAUAAAUACGCGUAGCGCUAACGCGCUAUAUAGAAUAUGUCAGCAUCCCAUUGCCUUCAUACCACCGUAAACGCAAUAAAACACCGUUGAACGCACAUUUUGAUAUUGUGCUUUAGUUAUUCGAAUGUGAUUGUAUUUAUGUACAGUAUGAAGUAUUCAGUUAUAUCAUUUUUUUUUACUUAUUAUUCACUACACUACUGCUUUGUGAUUACGUGUGUUUUUGCUGUAAUUGUAAUUUUAUUUGGAUAGCUCCAAUAUACAGGUUAUUUGUGAUUGUUGCUGCUUCUUUCCAGUGCAUUUGUGAUUUUAGCUCUCUAGUUUUUGGUGAUUUUGCUUGCACAUUACAAUUUGUGCUAGUUUGUUUGUGGUGUUGAAUUUUUAACAGUUUUCUCUGUUAGUGUUUUCCCUGCUGAACUUUCAUUAUCAUUCACAAUUGUUUAAAUUUCAUUAUUUAAGAUAUCAUUAUAUCUUUACAUUUUUGUACCUGUUUUAUUUUAUUUCAUAAUUUUAUCAGUGAUAUGCCCAAUGCAAUACGACCUGUGACCAAAAGGCAAACCACAUCCAUCUAAUAAGCGAUGGUUGCAAUGACAACAAUUCCAGUUAAUCAAGUGAUACUUCAAUAUAGAAGUAUAGAAGAGUGGCCUCGCUUGUAAAUACAAUACGAUUUUUGCAGACGCGACUUAUAAAUAAAUUGAUUAAUAAAAUGACUUCCUCGGAUUGUGCGUAUACACUGUAUAUGUUUUGUCAUCAAUGAAGCAGAUGACACACUUCCCUUCUGGAACACCAGGUCUUAUUCUCCUUCUACUGAAUGACACCAGGUUAAUAUGUACAGUGUAUUGUUGAGUUUUGGCUACGCUUUAUCAACUUAAAUAACGUUCAGUAGGAACAUUAGUUUUUUAUUCACAAAAUAAUUUUCUCAGAACACUUAUAUUUCUUUGUUGUUGUUUUGUUUAUGUUUUUAUUUCAUAGUUUUUUUCUGUUUUUAAUUUUAAAAUUUUUAGAUUUAUAAUCAGUUUUUAAAUUUGUUAUUUAACAUUUUUCCCAUCUUUAUUGUCAUUCCUUACGUUUUAAAAGAUUCUCCCCAAUAAAGCAAUACCUCCUGCUUUUCAACCGUUUCGAGAGUGAAUCAUAUAUGAUUGUCUGAACCAGAGGAGAAUACAUAAUAUAUUGAAAAAAAAUUUCAAUUUCAAUUUCAAACAAUUACAAUCACACUACAGUUUGUGUUAUGUGACUAAUCACGUUCCGAUACAUAAAUCCACCACAUUAUAUCAAAACUGAACUGAUAUAUUCACAAAUAGACGUUUUUCUUGUAUAACCACAUACAAAAAAAGAGCUGAAAAUUGAUUUCUCUUGUGGUUUUUUUACCAUGGUUCCUACUGCUGCUCUCUACUUGAUUGCAUAUUUGUUGUACAUUAUAUGUUCUGUAGAUGAGUUUGCUGAAAUAUACAAUUUACGGAAAGAAAA